UUCCAGCUGCCGCAGCCGUGCCUUCACCGUUUCGGCAUCCAGCCUCCCCCUGCUCCAGCCCGGCAUGGCGACCCCAACCCAGGCCCCCACCAAGGUUCCUCAGGAACCUGACCCAUUUCACUACGACUAUGACACCGUGCAGACGGUGGGCAUGACUCUGGCCACCAUAUUGUUCCUGCUGGGCAUCCUCAUCAUCAUCAGCAAGAAGGUGAAGUGCAGGAAGGCGGACUCCAGGUCUGAGAGCCCAACAUGCAAGUCCUGUAAGUCGGAGCUUCCCUCCUCAGCCCCAGGAGGUGGCGGAGUGUAAAGCCGGCCUCCGCCCCCCACUGCUGUCCCUGCCUGAGUGUGGGAGCCGGAGGACCGGGUGGAGGUGGUGGGGACCCCAGCUUUGCGCUGCUGGGAGCGCUCCCCGGAAUGAGCCGCCCCACCCACCCCGAGGCUGGAGCCGCUGCACCCUGCUGCCCCUCCCCAGGCCUUGGCAAUGACGACCCCCCCAAAGAGCCCAUCUGCAUCCCACAUACAGGGACUCGGGCCUCCAGCUCCUGGAGUCCGAGAGCCCACGCCCUGCCCCGCAGAGCUCCCGGGUACUGCCCCCCUGCACCUCCUCGUCUCCUCCCCAAAGAUCCGUCCUCCUGCACCCUCGGUGUCUGUG